UGUCGUUUUUUUUAUUCUGUCUUUGUCAUGAUUGCUGCGCCGAUCAUGAGUCCAAGCGCUUAGCGGCAUGCAGUUAGAUUAUGUGACGUUCGCUUAUGUCUAACGCCUAAAUAACACGUCGAAGUGUAUCGUGCUACAAAUCGUAUCUUUUAAUCGUUCACGGACAUCCUAAUCAAGACCUCCAUUGAUUCGUUAGUACACCUCUUCCAGUGUGAAUCUACGAUUUUUUCUUCAUGGUUGUUGCUCCUUUCCUACAUAGGUACUGACGUGCUACCCCAUCCAAAAACUGUCAAUGAGUCUGACUGGGUAGAUAACAUGAAGUUGUGGCCCCCACUCCAAGAGCACCACAUAACAUAUUAUUUACUGAAGUCUAAAGCCUCUGACCUGGAGGAUGUCCAAGCUCUUAAGAGCCUGGACUCAUACAAUUAUUUAAUUAGUGGCAAAGUGGGGCGGCUUCUUGUCUACCAAACAGACAGUGACACCUGCUUUCUAAAGGGAACGGUUUCACCUUCCCAGGCAGAUGAAUAUCGGACGUACCAGGCGUGGGUGUGCGUGACAAGCGACUGUCGCGUUCUCUGGGGCUCCUGCACCUCCAAGGUUGGCUUAACAAGAGUAUGUAGCCACGUUGGUGCUAUACUAUGGAAAAUAGAAUUUGCAAAUCGGAAAGGUCUCACGGGACAAAGUUGCACGGACAGGAGUGCCAGUUGGAACCAUGGUACCAAAAGAAAUUUCGUACCAUCACAGGUACUAGACAUGGACUUCAGCAUGGCAAAGAACAUCAGGCACGCAUCACCCACAAACAGAAAGGUCUCAGUGCCACGUUACGAGGACCACAAGACGUACGUAAAAGCUAUGAAAGAGAGUGAAAUAGCACCGCUGCUUGACAUCAGAGCCAGUUUGCUGCAUCAGACUGUUUUUGCCAGUUUGCCAUCAAAUGUGCAGACUAGUUGUUGCAGUCAAAGGGACACUGUGCCUGAACAUGGUUCCCAUAAUGAACCAGAGUUGCUUGCGUGUGAGUUGUGCUUUGAAUUCUACAGUCAGUGGGUGAAAAUCGAAGAAUCGUCAAGGCAAAGGCUCAUGAAGUUGACGUGCCAACAGAGUGGUGACCUAUGGCAAGCAAGUCGUAAUCUUCGACUCACAGCAUCAAACCUUUCCAAAGUUCCCCGCAGAAAAGACACUGCGCCGGACAAGUUCAUAAAGUCAUGCCUGUUCAGUACGUUUCGGGGCAACAAGGCAACGAGUCAUGGAAAGAAAUUUGAACCAGUCGCAAGAAAGGCCUUCGAAAAUAGCUAUGGUGUUUGUGUGGAGCUAUGUGGAACAGUGGUGAGUGCAACUCACCCAUUCUUAUCAGCAAGUCCUGAUGGACUGGUGGGCACUGACAGUAUUUUGGAAAUAAAGUGCCCACAUACAGAAGACUGUGUGCAGUUUGUUCACACCUGUAAGUACGAUGUCAGGAGGGACACUGAUGGUAGAUAUUACCUUGCUAAAGAAGGAAAGAAUGGAUACUACAUGCAAGUUCAAUUUGUGAUGUUUUGCUCUGAGAGAUCAAAAUGUUACUUUCAUGUAUGGUCAGCACUGAAUUCUAUUAUAAUUGAGGUGACCUAUGAUGUAGAGUAUGUUGCCAUGCAUAUCACAAGGUUCAGUGAAUUUUACUUUAGGCAUUAUUUGCCCAGGCUUGUUGAUGCUGUACAUUCCAAGAACUUGGCACUCACUGAUGAAUAUAAGGUACUGUGUUCAGAACGGUAAACUCAGAACAGAAUAAACUGCAGGUCACUGGAACACAAUGCUGUCCUUUAUUUCCUAUUAUAACUGCACCUUUGAAGUGG